UUGAAAUACGACGAGGAUUUCAGAGACCAUGAAAACCACAACAAUGGCAGCUCCAACGAUUUCAGCUGCAGCAGCGACUUCACACACCAGGAAACCUAACUCCGAUUCUUCCUCUCGUUUCCCUUCAGGUAUGUUGAAGAAAUUGCUACUCGUCUUCUUCACUGGUUUUCUGGCAUGGGCUUAUCAAUCAGCCCUUGCACCCCCACCCAAAACAGUCGGAUCUCCAGAUGGACUUCCAGUUACAUCACCAAGAAUCAAGCUGCGCGAUGGAAGACAUUUGUCUUAUAAAGAAUACGGUGUACCAAAAGAGUUGGCCAAAUACAAAAUAGUUUUUGUCCAUGGCUUCGAUUCUGUGAAGUAUUACGCAGUUAUUGCCACAACAGCCUCUCCGGCUCUUAUUGAAGAUUUGGGUAUAUAUAUUGUUUCAUUUGACCGCCCCGGGUAUGGCGAGAGUGAUCCAGAUCCCAACCGAACUUUGAAGAGUUUGGCUUUGGACAUAGAGGAGCUUGCUGAUCAGCUGGGACUUGGAUCCAAGUUCUAUGUGGUUGGUUUCUCUAUGGGUGGGCAAGCGACUUGGAGUUGUCUGAAAUACAUUCCUCACAGGCUCGCAGGAGCGACUCUUAUUGCUCCGGUCGUUAAUUAUUGGUGGCCUUGCUUGCCAGCAAACUUAUCUAAUGAAGCAUUUUCGAAGCAGUUCGUUCAGGAUCAAUGGACCCUUCGUGUUGCUCACUAUCUUCCAUGGCUGACCUACUGGUGGAACACUCAGAAACUGUUUCCUUCGCUCACCAUUAUUGCUCACAGCCCUCUUGUUCUUUCUCGUCAAGACAGAGAACUUAUCCCCAAGUUUACCGCUGGCAGAGAAGCCGUCCAGGGCCAAGUACGACAGCAAGGAGAAUACGAAUCUCUCCACCGUGACUUGAACAUCGGAUUUGGUACCUGGGAAUUUGAUCCGGUGGAAAUCGAGAACCCGUUUCCAAACAAUGAAGGAUCCAUUCAUGUGUGGAACGGUGACGAAGAUUUGCUGGUGCCGGUAACACUGCAACGCUAUGUCGUCCAACAACUCCCAUGGAUACGCUAUCACGAGCUCAAGGGUGCCGGCCACAUGUUCCCUUAUGCCGAUGGGAUCAGUGACGCUAUCUUGAAAACACUUUUACUUGGUACAAAGUAGCUUAAACGCGCGUUUUGGGCUCAAUUUCUAGCUAUGUAAGUCUAUUGAAUGUUUCGUCGCCUCUUUACUUGGGUCCACGGCAUUACAUGAUGACCCGAAAAAGAGUUAAUCGAUAUAUAAUAUUCUUCGGUUUUGCUCG